CCCCUUGGAGAGCCGCGGAGCUGCGGCGGCGCAGGAGGGGGCGCUUCGGCGAGGGCGCAGCCUCUGGGAGGGGGAACGCGCGACACGCAUUCCCUGUGCUCUCUCGGGCCACUCGGGAGCCUCGCGGCAGCCCGUUGCCCCACUUGGCCACCCGCUCCGUGAUCCCUCCUUGAGCCUACCUCUUCUUGUCACCUCCUGUCUCACCCUCUUCGCUCCAUCCCUCCCACCGCAUCCACAGCUAUCCGAGCGCCUCUGAGAGCAGGAGGUGCUGUGCCGGGCUGCAGGGCGCGCCCUCAAAAGGUCCCCAGCUCGACAUUGGGGGGCCACGGGCGACAGCAUGGACACCAAGCGCUGCUUCGCCAACCGCUUCGAUGACUACCAGGGCAGCCUGCUGGCGGGCCAGUGCGAGGAGGCGGUGGCGCCCUUGGUCUCCUCCACCAUCGAACGCAUCCUUCAGGAGCUGCCCCCGCUGGGGGGCGGCGCUGAGGCCCGAGGGGCGACGGCGGCGGGCAGCAGCUGCCAGGGGGGUCUGUACAGCGGUGUGGCCGGGGUGGCCUACAUGCUCUACCACGUCUCGCAGAGCCCUCUUUUCGCAGGAGCCCGAGAGCGCUACCUGCGCUCCGCCAAGCGCCUCAUCGACGCGUGCUCCCGCUCCGAGGAGUGGGGCGAGCCGGACGCCGACACCCGCGCCGCCUUCCUGCUCGGGGGCGCGGGCGUGCACGCGGUGGCCACGCUCGUGUACCACGCCCUGGGCCGCUCAGACUACGUGCAGCCCCUUGGCAAGUUCCGGGCUCUGAGCGCCGUCUGCGCGCCCGUCUCCUUCCUGGAGUGCGGCUCUGACGAGCUGUUUGUGGGCCGGGCCGGCUACCUGUGCGCUGCGCUUGUGCUCAAGCAGAAACUCGCCCAGGAGGUACUGACCCCAGCACAAAUUAAAUCAAUAUGCCAGGCGAUUCUGGACUCUGGGAAGCAGUAUGCCCUAAAGAAGAGGAAACCAUUCCCACUGAUGUAUUCUUACUAUGGAACUGAAUACUUGGGGGCAGCUCAUGGCCUGUCAUCCAUUCUCCAGAUGCUUCUUUCCUACCAUGAGCAUCUCAAGCCUUCAGAUCGGGAGCUGGUGUGGCAGAGUGUGGACUUCCUCAUGGAGCAGGAACAGAAUUGCAACUGGCCACCUGAGCUUGGAGAGACCAUUGAGAGAGAGAAUGAACUGGUCCAUUGGUGCCACGGUGCUCCAGGAAUUGCUUAUCUGUUUGCCAAAGCUUACCUUGUUUCCAAGAAACCACAGUACCUGGACACAUGUAUCCGGUGUGGGGAGCUAACAUGGCAGAAAGGUCUGCUGAAGAAGGGACCAGGGAUUUGCCAUGGUGUAGCCGGCAGUGCCUAUGUCUUCCUUCUGCUGUACCGCCUUACAGGAAACUCCAAAUACAUCUACCGUGCCCAAAGGUUUGCUCAGUUCUUAUUCACGGAAGAAUUCAAAGCUGGUUCCCGAGUCCUUGAAAGCAUAUACAGCUUGUAUGAAGGCUUCUCUGGCACUGUUUGCUUUCUCAUUGAUUUGCUACAGCCCAAUCAGGCUGAAUUCCCUCUCUUCAGUGUCUUUGUGUAGAAGGCUCCAUCUCCCAUUUGCAGCCUGGCAGAAGUCCCGCGAGAUUUCCUGAGCCUCCUCUAGGGAGUUUUCCACCUAAUCCACAUCCAAUGGUAUCACAACCAUGAACCUUCACAUUGCUGCCAGAAGGAUGAGAUCAGCCUGAAGAAGACAGCGUGAUACCAGACUGGAGAGAGAGCCUGCCAAACAAAGAUGCCGCAAUUCAUCUAAAAAAUCACAGAUUGAACGUUUCGGGGGAGAGAUGUAAAACCCAAGAUCUGAGAGAAAAGCAAAAGCAAAAUAAUGUUUUUUAGUUCGUGACACUAAAGGCAGAAGUGACUGGAAAUAGUGGGGAUAGAAUGCUAACACUGUCAACAUUGAGGAGCAAAUUUGACCAUCUGUUUAUAUCCUCCACCCCUAAAUUUAGAAGUGAAGACAAUCUAAAUAAUCUAAAACAUAUAAAAUAAUUUGCCCUGUUAAAAACAGGUAUUUGCAUAUGUAUGUUUUUUAAUCACUGUCCUGGGCAGUUUAAAAACAUCAUAUCAUAACUCAUUUUAAUCACUGAAAUCUGAAGCUUCCUUAGGCCUUAGAAUAUCUCUUUCCCUAAUUCUGUUUUCUUGCCUAGAGCUGAGAAUAGUAAGACUCAAGGCAGGAAGGAAUGUAGUUUUAGUGACAUCCUAAGCUUUUUAGCUUAGGGGUGUGGCUUGUUUAGCAUGUACAAGGUCCUAGUUCUAUGCCUAGCACCACAAACAAACACAAAGGAAGAUAGGAAACUUCAUAUCUAGCAAAAAAAACCUGUUGUUGUCAUGUGUUUGUCUCAAUUUGAAGUGUGAUCUGUAUAUUGUACAUGUUAGUAAUUCUUCAAAUGCCUUUAUCUUUGUAAUCUCUAUGAAGCUUUUUGUAAAAUAUGCUUUUGGUGAAAAUCACUCAUCUCAAAAAUCAGGGUAACUGCCACAAAGGUAAAUCAUUCCUGUAUCUCAUAGUAUACUGUGAAAGACAUGGAAUGAAAAAAAUAGAAAUGGUUAUAGGAACGAUGUUGCUCCAUUUUAUCAUAUUAGAUUAAGAGUGGAAAGAAUUCCCUGCCUGAUCACCUUACCUUGCAAAACACAGGACAUGUUAGAGCUUGGCUAUCAUACCAGUUGAUUCUAGUUAUAUCAAAUUUACUUCUUCUAUAAUCACAAGCUAUAAAAAUGUUUCAUAUCAGUAGUGGAUUGCUGAACACUAAUAGUAACUGUCACUCCAAUAUGAAGAACAUGAGUUUACCGUGGUCCUGAUAUUUAACCAUACAAGUUCAAACAUCACAUUAAGGCAUACAGUUGUGCUGUAUAAGAUGUAAUUAUUUCAGUAGUCAUUAGAUAUUUGGAUAUGUAUAUAUACAUAGGUACAGGUAUAUAUAUGCUACAUUUAUUCCCUAUAAACUGAAGCACUAUUUGAACUCUAAACAGACUUUGGGAGGAGUUAGGUAAUACUUUGCUGCCUAGAAACAUUUGUGUGUGUGCUGGCUUGUGGAGCUGUAAGAACAAAUGGAUUAGUGUGGGUUUGUAUGAAUGUUGUACGUGUUAUCCUAUUUUGGAAAAGAAGACCUCUUGAAUUCAUAAGAUUCUCAAAGAAUCUUACCAAAGAAAAGAACUGUCUUUUUGUAGUUUAUGACUCUUUGUACGUUUACAAUCAUCAACACAAGCUGGGAAAAAAUGAUUUUUGCAAAACAUGUACCUUGUUGACUUAUGGUCCCAUUUUACACCCUCAGAUUUCAGCAUAUAAAAUUGGCUUUAAUUGCUCAUCUGUGAAAAUACUGCUUGAGGUAAAACCUCAUUAUAUUCUAGAAGUUCUUUCUUGAGGAGGGCAAACACCUUUUGGGAAGCAAUAAGGAAGAGCCUGUCCACUGAAUGUUUUCCUUUUGAAAGGACCAGCGACAGCUGCUUCACCAUCAUAUUUCAAAUGCAUUUGGCAUGGGCCCUACAGGCUAAAGAUAAUACGCAUCCAGAAUUAGGCCUUUUAUAUUUAAAGAAUACAUGCUUUUAUUGUGUCGGAGCAGUCACUCAAUGUGUGUUAGGUGACUGUCCCUAAAGACUUAGAGCUAGGAGGGAACCAAACAAGGAAUCAAAAUCUGGCUUCUCCUUUCUUCCAUGUUCAUGUGUUCAAUAUUCCAGAUUAGAAAUAUGCAAGCACCACAGUAAACAAAUUACCCCUUCCCUCGAAGGUACCUCCUUUUAAAAAUCUGCCCACCUCUUCUUUCAUUCAUUAUACAGACUAAAAAAACCAAAGGACUAGGAAAUGACACAUAGAUUUGUUGUAUCUGUUAUAUUUCUAGGAGCUUUAGAAAAAAUAGGCCUACCUUUGCAGGAUGUAAUAGAGUGACUGUAACUUUUUGCUGAUCAUUGUGAAAAGGUCACUAUUUUUGUAUAUCAUGCCAUGUUUGGGUGUGGUCUUUCUGAAGUACCACUCAGUAAAAUUGAAACAAGGAUACACUCUUUUUUUUUUUUACUGCAAAACCUAUCAUUGAAAUUUACCAUUUUCCUGAAAGAAAAGUACUGUCAGUUUGGGAGGAUCCUCUUCUAUCUUAUUUUCCCAAGAAAGGAGGAGAGACACAUAUUUUCAGCAGGAAAUUAAGUCAUGUCAUUUAUUUCACUAUCAGGAUCAUGUGUAGUAACAUUCUUAAUGUUAAAGCAUAUUCCCUCCUAAGGCUACUGCUGUGUAUCAUAGAAGCCCUCUUUAACACAAAUAUUUGUUUUGCUGACUGAAAAAAAAGGAUUAUUGGUGCCAAUAACUCAAGAAAAGGGGCAGCCAGGCCAUAACUAUAUCACAAAAAAUGCAUUGGGAAAUAGGAUAAUUUAACACUAAUUUUGAUCCAUACUUUAAUUUGAUUCCCAGUUGUGUGUUACCUAUAGGAACAAAUUUUUGUGGCUUGUGGGGCAUCCUUUAAUUCUUUAUUAUGUCUCAACUUACAAGCUGAAAUGACUAAUCCUCAAAUUUACCAAGGUCAUGCAAUCUUGGCAUAAAUUUGGUUAGAAAAGCAAGUAAGAAGACAGAAACAGAACUUGAAGGUUGCUUACCACAACUCAGCAUCUGGUGGCAAUUUGUACACACACAUUUAAUGGCACUAAGAAUAAAUAUACCUUACCAGUAUUUUUUUUCUUCCUGGAAUCUCUGUAAUCAUAAACCACCUUAAAUUCAGCAUGUGUUAUCAUCUGUCUCUAAAUAUCCUCAUUCUGAUUUUUUCUAUGUCUGUUUACACACAUGACUUCUUUUCUAUGGGAAGGCAGGCUUCCUCCAUAUCUUUGUCCACAUCUGUUCUUAGAUAAGAGCAUGGGGCUCCAUGAGACUUGACUCCACUUUGAACAGAAGGGCUGACCUUGAGGUCAGUGGCAGCCAGAAUUGGGACUAUUCUGUAGUCAGAUCACAAGUCCGGGGCAAGCUGUUAUGAGAGAACCUGUGCAAUGAGAAUAAGGUAGUGGCUGCAUUUACCCUGCUUCCACUCCAUAAGUGGGACUGGUCAUACUAAUUUUAGUGUCAUAAAAGACAAAAACUGAAGUAGUUCUUACACAGACAGAGUCUCUCCCCUUAUUUUAUGAAUUGAAAGUGUUAAUGAAUUGGGACCUAAUGGAUGAUGCUGUUAAGAUUUAAAAGACUGUUCAUUUUCACCUUUAAAUACUGAACCUUGUCCUGUCUAUCUAGUUCCCGUCACAAAUGACAAAGUGUCUCCUCUGCAGGAUUCUCUGCACCUUCAUUUCUCUUUUGUGUCCCAUUGGUCAUCCAUUCUGAAUGGAGUUUGAAGAGUUAUUUAACAGCAAAGCAAAUCUUGCAUAUUUUUGUUCUGCACUGGGGUGGAAGGAGGGCUGGUGAAUUGCAUGGCUCACAUGAACAGACUUAUCUUUGUACUUGGAUCACUGAAAAGGUAAGAUAGCUCUUUCGUUACACAAUAACCACUUACUAAGUCGACACUAGCUCAUGACUUUAGGCUCUUACAUAAAAACAUAGAUAGAUCCUUCUGAAGUACCCCAAUACACUCCCUCUUGCUUUCAGAAAUGACGAGCACUCUAAAAGAAUGGAGAUGGGGAAACACCAGUGUAUGUGUAAAUAGAUUCCAUCCACAUAGAAAAUGCAGUUCUGCUGAACUCUUCUUCAUAUAUUUCGUGUGUGCGUGAUAUGUUCCUCAGUGUAUAAUCUUGUGUGUGAAGUGGCUGUGACUUAGCAAUCAGUUUAACGAAGACAAAAACUCUUUACUGUCUAAUGUCUUCAGCAAAUGACCGUAUUCCAACCUAUUUUAGUGGGAUGUCUGAUACUAUCCCGUGGUGUUUUAAUAUCUGUGUCUAAGUGGAAAUUACCUGUAAAAUGAACUGUUUUACUGAACCUGGUUCAAGUUGAAUGUAGCAAUACUUACAUGUGGAUAUAUUCAAAUAAGCAGAUUGAUGCAGAUAAUCAGUCUUGUCUCUGCCUUUUAGGACUUUAGUAUUUUAAUAAUGGUGGUGUCUUCUGAAGACUGUAGCAGCAGUAGACCCCCCUUUGCUCUUGAAAAUUCAGUAUCAUUUGAAUUAGAUAGAUGUUCCAGGAAUAAGAGUGGAACUCUCGAUGCGUAAUAGUGUGCUCUCAGAAUUUGGUAAAGGACAGUCCAGUCUCUAAUAAGGUAAGAACUUUCCCAACUUGAAACUGCUUGGGGAGCUCUUGGAAGGCAGGACCGAAUUUUAAUCUCUUGGAUGUAGUGGCACCAAACUAACUGAAUUUUUAAAAUGGGUUUUGUAGAAACCAGUGAGACAUACUGAAAAGCCAUACAUAAGCAUGCAGCACAUACUACAGUGAGUAGAAUCUACUUCACCAAAAGGGUUUUCAUUUUUGUAUAGUUCACAAUAUUUACAAAAAUGUGAUAGUAUCAUCAUUGGGUUAAAAAAAGUUCAUCUUCCUAAUGAUAUAUUUCAUAAGCAGCAAACCAGUGUAAUUCCACCAUCUUUUGGGGCAAUACCCCCAAACAGUAAAUGGCCAUUACAGUAUAACAGCUUACUUCUAAUUGGACCUAAGAGUAAAUAAGCAUCACAGUUUAAUGUACUCUUGAAUAUUGAGGACUUGCUGAAUAAAUUAGUCUUAUUAAUAAAGUUAUUCUCUUUGCUGUAUUUCUCCACACAAUUAUAAGUAAAACAAAAGUGUAAAAAACAAAUGAUAGGAAUUCAUUAUUAGUAAUUUAAAAUCAUUUUAAUUUUUAUUAACAUUAAAUUCAAUACCAGUUAUCUGUUGUAUAUAAAAAGAAUUUUGAAAUAUUUACACACCAAUUGAGAGGCUUUAUAAAAAUGCCUUUUUGCCAAAAUCAAGUUCUUUGACUUCUCUUGCUCAUUAUUAUAUUUCCUUAGGGGUACUUUGAGGUGUUUGAAAGAUAUAUUAGUAGCAGUUCUAAUCUCAGUGCAGAACAUUUUACUAAUCAUUUUACUAUAUUACAAAAUGUUAUUCUAUGAUAUUUUAUAUUGAAACAUAAUUAUCAAGUAUUCUGGAAUAUUGCAUAUUAUUAUACCCAAACAUGACUUUCUAGAAGUCUAUUACUGUGUACACAUAUUUUUAAAAAGACCACAGUGGGCAUUUUGGUGUUAGUGAGGAAGUAUAAUGCAAUAUAUCACAUUGAUUUUUAAUGAAAAUUCACUUAAAUGUAGAGCAGGGAAAUUAAGCUGUAAAUGUAUAUGUUCUUAAGGAUAAAAUGGCAAAUGAUAAUAUGGAAAGAUCAACUUCUAAGUGUUCAUCAGAUUUUAGCUUUUGUUAUGUAUUCCUGGAGCAGAGAAGACGAUUGUCAGUUAAAUUUGUUUCAACUUCACAGAGGGGGUUUGCUCCAAGUCCACUGCAUGGUGGAAUGAAAUCUCUUCAGAAGCAAGAGUGACUCAGAAACUUAGUGAUGCACCUUACUAUUUUUUAACUGCUACCAUAACAUCCAAACACUGUGAUCUUUCCAAUGUGUUUUAUGUAUUAGUUUUGUAAUGUAGAAAAUAAUGUGCCAUAAACUGGAUUUGAUUGUGUUUAUUACAGUGAUGUCGCUGACUUAUUGCCCACCCCUGCUCUGGUCCACUUAAUAUUGUAAAACCUGUGAUAAUCCUUUGCCUUAAUAUGUGAUGCGAAAUCAUUAUUGUGUUCUAAUUAAAUAUUCUUACUUCGCUGCUCAUUAAUUUUCCUUUAAAACUAACUGUGGUGUCAAAUAAAAUACUACACAAAUA